ACAAGAUCCAAGAGCUCCACUAAGUAAGUAAGUGCAAGUUGCGGCGCUGAUCCAUCGUCAGUGGAGGGAGUCUGGGCGGGACCCGAGACAAGCUCGGUCAGAACACCCAGGUUCACAAGACGCAAAAGGAUCGCUGCUUUCUUCGGUGGGGAUCUGCCUGAACGGAGUCAUUCGGGGAGUAUGCCUUCCACCGAUGACAGCGGAAAGCCAUGGUAUUCGCGAAUCAGGAAACGAAACCGAGGUGGCGAUGCAAAUGAUGGCACUGGCAACACCAGUAUCAUCAGCAAGGCCUUGAGCUACUUUGGCAAGUCGACCGCCCGACCCUUGGCACCACUCGCGAGCCAGACUCAGGGAUCAGGACAUGGUGAUGGUCUAUCUGUAUCCUCUCGUCAUCACGGCGAGGAGGGCGAGGCCAAGUCCUGGGUAGGUGGCCUACUGUCAGGUCUCAAGCCCACGAUCACGCCGUCGAAAUGGACAGGUGCAUCAGGUGAUCAGACUCGAACUCGGUACAGACUGUUGCAGAACGACCAGAAGAGCUGGUCACCGAGUUCCAUAGUCAAGUCCAUCGGUAACUUUACGCGCGGGGACACAUCCGCCAGAACCUCCCGGAAAACGGGUUGGAAAUCUGCCAUGACGAAAGCGAUAAAGAAAUCAGGUUUCGGCCGUUCGCGACACGCUCAAGGAUCGACUUGGGAGAAUGCCAGUGGCAACAGGGGUGAUUUGAGGGGCUCAGAAUGGUUCUCAGAGUGUGAUGUGGCAGCCCAGAGACAAGCACUAGGCAAGUAUAACGCUGAGAAGGCUCAGGUCGACGCUACCACCGAAUGGCUGAGAGCUGAGCACGGUUUGCCAUCCUACAUGACCUCCCCGUAUUCAUGAUUGACUGGCAUGCAACGUAGACUGAUCUCUUUCG